UCAUGUUUCACUUCCGGAGCUUGCGAACAAAAUAGAAUCGCUAAGGCAAAGAAAACCCUGCGAGUGGCGAGUGUUUUAAGAUCACACUCACAAACAACAUCCAAAGUGGUUAGUGGCAGUUGAGAGAGUGCCCCAAGAUCCCGAGUACCAGCCGGGCAGACACAAACAACACCAGCAGCAGCAGCACCACCAUCACCAACAGCAGCAGCAGCAUUUCCCGCUUUUCGUUUUCGUCGUCGCCGAACAACAAAUAACAAAACCACGACAAACGAUGGCCGAUGCCGCGGAGAGUAAGCCACUGGCCGCCGAACAGCAGCAGGCGCAGCAGCAGCCGGAGCAGCAGCAGAAUCCGCCUAAUCCGCAGGAGCUGGAUCACGAUCAGGAGCCGCUGGGCGAGCUGCAGGGACAGCAGGGCCAGCCCGCUCCGCCCACCAAGGAAGUCAUCGCCACCAAAGUCACCGGCACCGUCAAGUGGUUCAACGUGAAGAGCGGCUACGGCUUCAUCAACCGCAACGACACCAGAGAGGAUGUCUUUGUGCACCAGAGCGCCAUUGCGCGGAACAAUCCCAAGAAGGCGGUCCGCUCGGUGGGCGACGGUGAGGUCGUUGAGUUCGACGUGGUCAUUGGCGAGAAGGGCAACGAGGCGGCCAACGUGACCGGUCCCUCCGGUGAGCCGGUGCGGGGCAGUCAGUUUGCGGCGGACAAGCGCCGUAACUUCCGUCCCUGGAUGAAGAAGAAUCGCCGCAAGGAUGGCGAAGUGGAAGGCGAAGACCCAGAAUCGCCGGCCCAGCAGCAACAGCAGCAGGCGGCACCAAUCGUUGACGGGCAGCCGCAGCAGCAGGUGCAGUCCGGCCCGCGUCAACCACGACAGAACUUCCGCCGAGGACCACCCGGUGGACCGCCCGGAGGACCUCGAGGUGGCCCCCGAGGACCGCCUGGCGGAGCCCCCGGUGGCCCCCGGCGCUACAACAACUACUAUCUGCGUCAGCCGAGACGCGGCCUGGGCGGCGGUGACGGCAGCGCCGAGCCCGGUGUCCACGAUCAGAAUCCCGAGGGUCUGCAGCGCGGCGAGGGUCAGGGACCGCGUCGCGGUGGCGGCCCACCGGGCGGACCCCAGCGGCGCUUCUUCCGACGCAACUUCAACAAUGGUCCACCGCCACCACACCGCGACGGCGGAGAAUACAUUCAAGGCCAGGGACCGCCACGCCCUCAACAGCCACGUCCACGUCGCCAGAGGAAACCAAAUGGCCCUGGCGGUGGUUCGGAGCAGCAGCCACAGCAGAACGGCGCUCAAGAACUGCAAAAUACAACCACAGAGAGCACUGCAUAGAAAAGGAUCCGAAAGGAUCUCCAUCGUCAGCCGACAAAAAGAAAA